AUCCCGCGCACCCAACACGUAUACACGCAGAGCGAGCUUGCCAUGUACAACGGCUCAAACCCCGACCUGCCGCUGCUUCUUGCGGUCAAGGGUGACGUCUACGAUGUUACUGAUGGCUGGGGGUUCUACGGGCCUGGCAGCACCUACCAUAUCUUUGCGGGCCGCGACUCGUCGCGUGCGUUUGGCACCAACUGCCUGUCGAGGGAAGAUCAUCUCACGCAUGAUACUCGUGGGCUGAGCGAGCGCGAACUGGCAGGAAUCGAGGGCUGGCAUAGUUUCUUUGACAACCAUCAGCGGUACGUCAAGGUUGGCACUGUCAAGCUGCAGCCAAUUGAUCCGAAAUCACCCAUCCCACUGCCAUGCGAUGACGCCAAACCCAAACCC